CAAGCAGGUUGCCCGAUCGCCUGAAUCGUCGUCGUCUCCUAGUAUCGCACUCGUAGCCGCCUCUCUCCAUCGCCCAGGACCCAAUUCCAUUCGCCGAUCUGACUGCUCGCCCUCCCGUCGUCGCGCUCGUCCAGUUUCCUGCGAUCUACGGAUGGAUGGUGCAUGGUAGUGGGCUGGUUCCCCAACCUAAACUAUCCCCACAAAACGGAAACAUAUCUGCUUCUACGGAUCCUGAAAAUAAAGGCGCACCUCCUUCAGUCCUGCAAACAAUAUCGUACAUAUGCAGAUAUGCUCUCUGUUUUAUAAAUUUUGUCAAAAGUUUAAAUUCCACAUGGAUUGCUAUAAUUGUUUUUGGAGAUAGUUUUUUUUGGACGAUGCAAGGCAGAUGCUCUACGGAUUUCAUUACGAUUGGUUUUGGAGAUCAUUACUCAGUCAUAAACGAUUUUCGAUAUGGUGCAAAUUUCAAGUUCGCCCUGGGCCCCAGAAUUUCUGGAGACGGCCCUGAGUAGCGGCAACAUUUGAGCAGUUCACUCAGCUUCAUGAAGACAUGCGUGAUUGGGAAACUCACGUGCAACUGCAAAAUGAUUUGGUUGAGCAUAUAUGGACUCAUGUUGGCAACCAAUAGAUGUAUCUUCUUUUAUUCGUUUGCAAAACUAUGUGAAACAUUUUUAUUUGUAUUUGGCUUGUAAAACUAUACUAUUUAUUUG